AGAUGAGAUGAUUGACCUCUUACCCGUUAAAUGUCGUCCAAGAGAGUCCCACUACGUGCCCCAUCUCUCUCCACUACGUCCACCACCACACCUGGAGUCACAGAGAUAGAUAGAUAACCACCACUGAACACACACAGAGACUGAGAGGGGCGUGCGAUGGAGACGGAGAAGCAGACACGGGGCGGCGCCGGAGGAGAUGGAGAGGUGGUGGUGGUGAAUCCCAAGCCGAGUAAAGGAGUGGCCUCCAAAGUGGUGGACUUGCUGGAGAAGCUUGCGGUGAAGCUCAUGUUCGAUUCCUCCGAUUCUCCACAGCACUACUUGUCUGGAAAUUUCGCUCCUGUUCCCGACGAGACCCCUCCCUGCAAGAACCUCCUCGUCCAAGGCUAUCUCCCUGAGUGCUUGAAUGGUGAGUUUGUGAGGGUUGGUCCUAAUCCGAAAUUUUCCCCAGUGGCUGGAUAUCACUGGUUUGAUGGAGAUGGCAUGGUUCAUGGUUUGCGCAUCAAAGAUGGAAAAGCAACAUAUGUCUCACGAUAUGUACGGACAUCACGUCUUAAACAGGAAGAGUUUUUUGGAGGAUCUAAAUUUAUGAAGAUUGGAGACUUGAAGGGGCUGUUUGGCUUACUCAUGGUUCAAAUGCAAAUGCUAAGAGAAAAGCUGGGCGUAUUGGACACUUCCUAUGGAACUGGAACUGGGAAUACGGCUCUUAUUUAUCAUCAUGGGAAACUUUUGGCUCUUUCAGAAGCCGAUAAACCUUAUGCUCUUAAAGUUUUGGAAGACGGAGAUCUUCAAACACUUGGUAUGCUGGAUUAUGACAAGAGAUUGGCGCAUUCCUUCACUGCUCAUCCAAAGGUUGAUCCAGUCACUGGUGAGAUGUUUACCUUUGGCUACUCUCAUAAACCACCGUAUAUCACCUACAGAGUUAUUUCUAAGGAUGGUUUGAUGCAUGACCCGGUGCCAAUAACAAUAUCAGACCCUAUUAUGAUGCAUGACUUUGCCAUUACUGCGAAUUAUGCCAUUUUUAUGGAUCUUCCUCUAUACUUUAGACCAAAGGAAAUGGUGAAAGACAAAAAGCUAAUAUUCACAUUUGAUUCAACAAAAAAGGCUUGCUUUGGUGUACUUCCUCGGUAUGCAAAGGAUGAGCUUCAAAUCAGAUGGUUCGAGCUUCCAAAUUGCUUCAUAUUCCAUAAUGCCAAUGCUUGGGAGGAAGAGGAUGAAGUUGUUUUGAUCACUUGCCGCCUUGAGAAUCCCAAUUUGGACUUGGUCAGUGGGACUGUGAAAGAAAAGCUUGAAAAUUUCAAAAAUGAACUGUAUGAGAUGAGAUUCAACCUAAAAACUGGCUUAGCUGCACAAAGAAAACUUUCAGCCCCUGCUGUAGACUUUCCGAGGGUAAAUGAGAGCUAUACCGGCAGGAAACAACAAUAUGUAUAUGGAACCAUACUGGACAGCAUUGCAAAAGUCACGGGAAUUAUAAAAUUUGAUUUGCAUGGUGAACCAGUGACUAGAAAAACAAAGCUUGAAGUUGGAGGAAAUGUUCAAGGCAUCUUUGACCUGGGAGCAAGUAAAUUUGGUUCAGAGGCUAUAUUUGUUCCUUGCGAGCCUGGCAUAACCUCUGAAGAAGAUGAUGGCUACUUAAUAUUUUUUGUACAUGAUGAGAACACCGGAAAAUCGUAUGUGAAUGUAAUUGAUGCAAAAACAAUGUCAGCGGAUCCUAUUGCAAUUGUUGAACUGCCUCAUAGAGUGCCAUAUGGAUUCCAUGCCUUCUUUGUAACAGAGGAACAGCUUCAAGAACAAGCAAAAUUCUGAACUGCCCCAAGUGUUAUAUUUGCACGCAUGAUAAAAUUCUUUUCAGAGGACCUGUGGGCGUAUGCAGGUCUAUGUAAAAUAAAGAACCAUCUCCAUAUCUUCCUGCCUGGUAAUGUUUCUGUUUAUACGUAUAUGUAUACCAGCUAAGGGUGUGAACUUUAGUCGAACAUGAGAAUUGUAUUUUGAGAAUAGCUUUCCUUAAAAAUAACUUGAACCAUUCUGUA